UUCAUAAACAAAGUAACAUCUCAUCUCAGUAGUUUGUUUGCAAUUGUCCUGGUUAACGGUGCGGUGCUGCUGCUAAAAAAUAAAAUGUCAACGUUUUUUGUGAUCAUAACAGUGAUGUUUAUUAUAAACAGUCCUAUUGGUGCCACAAAACACAUGCAUCCUCUCUCAGAUGAAUUCAUUCAACACAUCAACUCCAAACAGAACUUAUGGAGAGCUGGCCGCAAUUUCCACGAAAAAAUUCCGAUGUCAUAUAUCAAACGGCUCAUGGGAUCCAGGAGAGACUACGGUUGGAAUCGACUUCCUCAAAGGACCUAUGGAAUGGAUUUUGAUCGACUUCCAGAACAGUUCGACGCUAGACUUAAGUGGAAUAGAUGCCCGACCCUAUACGACAUUCGAGACCAAGGCUCCUGCGGCAGCUGCUGGGCGGUAUCAGCUGUCUCGGCCAUGACAGACCGCACGUGCAUCAGGUCCAACGGAACGAGGAACUUUUACUUCUCUGUCGAAGACGUCCUCAGCUGCUGCCACAACUGCGGACCCGGCUGCGGCGGCGGAGUGUUGUGGAAAGCAUGGAUGUAUUCCAAACGCCAAGGUGUAGUGUCCGGUGGAGGGUACGGCUCACAACAGGGAUGCCUUCCUUACCAGAUCGAACCCUGUGAUCAUGAUAUUCCCGGACCAAGACCCGAAUGUGGAAUGUAUGUAAAUACCCCUAAAUGUCAAAAAAAUUGUCAGCCAAAAUACAAAAUUACUUACAAAAAAGACAAGAAGAUAUUCAAGUCUAUUUACAAUUUGAAAUCUAAUACAGCGAUUAAGAAGGAUAUUUUUAAGAAUGGGCCCGUCACUGCUACUUUUGAUGUGUAUUCAGAUUUUCUUAGUUACAAAGAUGGCAUCUAUUAUCACGUGGCAGGAGACAAAGUAGGAAGACACUCAGUGAAAUUGCUUGGUUGGGGCGUGGACAACGGCAUCAAAUACUGGCUAGUGGCGAACUCCUGGAAUACUGACUGGGGAGAGAACGGUUUCUUCAAGAUUCGUCGAGGAAAGAACGAUUGCGGUAUAGAGGAAGUAGCAGUCGCUGGUGUCUAACAUGACUGUUUUUUUUCUGUAAUACUUGUAGGUAUUUCAUGUAAAAGUUAGAAAUUGGAGCAUAAUUGCGUGAAAAUGUCGUUUAUCUAACUUAUCAAUACUUACUUACCUCAGUGUUCUGAUAAAAAUAUUGAUUCUAUUUAAAUACAUAUUGUCAAAACGGAUAGAUUAACUGACCGAACCAUAAUAUGUAUUGUGAAUUUGUGAUACAGUUUUUGACAACAAAGCUUUCAGUGAUACCUAAUGUAGUUCGUGCUGUGACGCAUUAAGGUUUAACAACGGUUGAACAAUAAAUCUACUUAAAUCUACUCAAGCCCGUGGUCUUUAAGAGUGCUUUCACAUUAGGCGACUUUAGCAGCGCGUUUUUAGAAUAUGAAGGCAGGCGUCCGCUGCUGCACUUCUGACGCCCGACGGCCCGAAUGUGAAAGCGGUCUAUUAAAUGUCUAAGAAUAAAAAAACAAGGUGGGAAAUAAAGUAAAGACGUGGGAAAGGUAGGGUAAAGUCGUAUCUUUUUCAAAGGGUAGGGCAAUACUUUUGUUAGUGCGCCGCGGGAUAAAAAGAUUGGGAUUAACCACUGCCUUAUAAGUAUUUUCCUGCAAUUUGACGUCAACUAAGUAUGUCUCGGAAUUUAUAGCAAUUAAUGAUUAAUCUUAUUGAAUAUAAAUGUGCCUUUACUCAUAUAAGUUUAUUCAAAGUUAUUUAUUACUUAUUAAAAGUGUAUAUGUCAACGUGAAAUUGUGAACUCUGUCAGUUUAUAAUAUAACGCGUUAGAUUGUAAACUAACAGUGGGUUAGGUUAGGUUAGAUUGUAAUUUAACUACGUCAGAUUAUUAUCUGACGGAAUUCACAAUUUCACGGUGACAUAUACAUAAUAUAAGUUUACUUCCUUGUAAGAUGUGAUGCUUAAUAUUACAAUUGGUAUUAAACUAGUUAUUAUAAUUAAGUUAGUAUUUUUUUUCUUUCUUUGAGCGGAACAUAGUGAUACUACUGUAACUUGUCACCAUUUCACCACAUUUCACCUAUGAUUCACAAUAAAGAUUUUUGUAUUUUGUAUAGGUA